UCGCAGCUUAUUUUUCUGAUCUGUCUGUGUUUCGGAAUCGAAUGACUGACUAUCAGUCUAGAUUAAUUAAACUAUUUGUAAUUUGUGAAAAUAAUAAAGAUAAAUAGUAUAAUUGAAGCAGUGCGCGAGGCAUUCUACUUUUAAGUGAAAAUUUUGGAGUGUUAUUGUACAAAACGAUUUAUUAGAAGCUCAGUUCUAUGUGAUCGAUAUUACUGAAAAACUGUCGUAUUUUACCAUAAAAUCAAAUUAAGUUCUGGAAAAAAGUAAUGAGAUAACUAAAGGCGACCAUGUCUCUAGAACGUGAGAGUAUGGGCAUUAUGCCCCCCAUCCCAGUGGGCAGUGGGCCUCUUGACCCUCGCUCACAGUUGGUGCAGGAGAUGAGAGACCAGAACUACGAUCUGAUCAGAUUUGCCUCAUACAGGACUGCAUGUAAACUGAGAUUUGUUCAGAAAAAGUGCAAUUUACAUGCCAUAGACAUAUGGAAUGUCAUAGAAGCAUUCAGAGAAAAUGCUCUAAACACAUUAGAGCCUACAGCCUGUGUUAAUGUCACGAGACUAGAGACAUUGGUGUCUUCUCUCUACCACAAUCUAAAUAAGAGACUGCCACCAGCCAAUCAGGUGUCUGUUGAAGCUUGUUCAGCUUUGCUGUUGAACUGGCUACUUUCAGCAUACAGUACAGGUGAAAAUGUUGGCAAAAUUAGAGUGUUCUCAAUAAAAGUUGCACUAGCAACUAUGUGCGCCGGUAAACUCAUGGAUAAACUAAGAUACAUUUUCUCCCAACUCUCCGAUGGCAACGGCCACCUGCUGAUGAAGAGGCUGUCGGACUACCUGAGAGAGGUGCUCGCAUUGCCGGCCGCCGUGUACGAGUCGCCCUCUUUCAACUAUAAUGACAACUUGGCAAUUUCUAUAUUUAAUCAGAAUGUCAAGAUCACUGUGAACGACUUCCUCGACACACUAAUGUCGGACCCCGGCCCUCCUUGCCUUGUGUGGCUGCCGUUGCUACACCGUCUAGCUAGCGUCGAGAAUGUGGUACACCCGCUGGCCUGCAGCGUGUGUCGGCGCGGCUCGCUGACGGGCUUCCGGUACCGCUGCACGCGCUGCGCGGGCUACACGCUGUGCCAGGACUGCUUCUGGCGCGGACACGUCACGCCGCCGCACACCAACGACCACGAGGUCAAGGAGUACGCUACAUACAAAUCACCGUCGAAACAGAUCGGCGCGACGUUACGCAAGUCGUUCCGAUGCGUACCGGAACGCGCGCGCCCGCAGCUGCCUCGCUACCCCGACCAGCCGGAGCGAACACUCAAUCUCAGCCACAUUGUGCCCCCGUCACCUGUGCCGGUACACAACGGGUUUCCGGAGUACGCGGCCGGAUACGUCAAUACGGGCUCACUCGACAGUCGCUCUUCGAGGUCCACGCAUCGCAGUAUAGCAGAGCACCUGUCGCGCGGCGUGGACGACGAGCACCGGCUCAUAGCGCGCUACGCGGCGCGACUGGCGCACGAGAACCGUACCAUGCCUCGAGCUGGAAGGUCCGCAUCCCUUACACCUGAAUUGGGUCGCUCAUCCUCCGAGGGGUCGGAAGUGGACGCGGCGCGGCAGCAGCGCGAGCUGAUCUCGCAGCUGGAGGCCAAGAAUCGAGAGAUCAUGAGGGAGAUCGCUCGACUGAGGCGGCAGCAGGAAGCGGAGGCGGUAGGCGGCGCCAGCUGCCCGGGCUCGGCGCCGCCGCUGGUGUCGGAGCUGCGCGCGCUGCGCCAACGCAAGGACGAGCUGGAGGGCCACCUGUCCUCGCUGCAGGAGUCCAGGAAGCAUCUCAUGCAUCAGCUCGAAGGGCUCAUGAGGAUGCUCAAGACUCAACAAUCCAGUCCGAGGUCAACUCCUAACUCUUCUCCACGGUCUACCAAGAGUCCACCACUUCCCGGCUCACAACCACAACCUUCAGCACCGGAGAGAGAAACAGCCCCCCGCGGUACUGUACGCAGCGCCCCCCAGACGCCGUCCCUAGGCGAGAGGGAGCGCAUCGACAUGACGCACAGUCUUGGAGCAAUGGAGAGUAUGGGCGGUGACGCAAGAAGUUUUCACCAAAAUCAACGACCUACCACUAUGGGAAUAGACAAUCGGAAUCUACGUAGCGACUUACUGUACGCGGCCGAUUCGGUCACGAACGCCAUGUCCACGCUAGUGCGAGAACUUAAUUCCGAGGGUUCAGACACUGAGGAUACGGUAAAGGGCGGUUUGGAGGCCAGGAAAAGACGAGAUUUCGAAGAGGACGAAGAUAGCGAUGAGCCGAUGCCGAGGCCACAACUGCCUCGCCAUUACCUACACGACAACAAUGUCCAGAGCUUGGCAUCUAGUGUUAUAUCAUCGUAAAUAGUGCUAGAGGACACCCCACCACCGCUUCCGGCUCGCACGGGACACUACUUCCCUCGUACAUAGCUCUAGAACAUAUUUAUACUUGUACUAAAAUAUACUAUAUUAUACCAUGUCAUACCGUUUUAAUGUAUGUUAGACUAUAAUGAACUUUAUUGUAAUGGAAGUUAAGUUCAAUUAUCAUUGGCUACUUUUAUAUGGACGGAGCAUUUGUAUGUAUAGAUAAACCAUAUGAAUGAGUCCCCGCCCGCACGUCACUCCCCUUUGUCGUCAUAACGCGUGGUCAAUGACUCAUUUAUGCGGUUUGUCUAUAUAGUACAAGAUCCGGCAUAACAAAUAUAUACCCUCAUCUGUUAUUUAUUUGGGAUAACAAAUAAAUGAUAGACAAUAUUCACAUUGAGACAUUUCAAAUAGGUUUCUAGUAAAAUUGCGGAAUAAUAGUUAAUGAUUGAAUUUAUUUAAUCUUAUUGGUUAAUUAAAAAUAAACCGUAAAGUAGUAAAAAAUAUAUAUCCAACAUAAUUAAAAACGCAAUGGUUGUCUGCUUUUACUCUGCAACUGUAGAGUUGCCAGUUAUAAACAGUUGAGUGAUGUUAUUUAAAUACCCUCAUCAGUUAUUUGAUCAUUUAAUAUCUCAGAUGAAAGCUUAUUUUGUGCUUAAUUUAACUGUAUUAACAGUUUCUUGUGAUCUAGUCCAUGGUUUCCUAGAUUAAGUAUGAAAAAUGUGUCUGGCCGCAGUUUUACUAGGCUUUUUUUUAUUUGCUGUGUCACUGUGAAUAUUAUCUAUCAUUUAUUUCUUAUCACUAAUAACUAACAGAUGAGGGUAUAUAUUUGUUGUGCCGGAUCUCGGAUCUUCAAUUUGAGUGUGUAUUCACGUAGCAACACCACAUGUAUGUAUGAAACAAGUUCAUUUAACAUUCAUUAACUGGAACUACUAGUCUACUAUCAUACAAAACAUACAUGUUCAUAAACAGAUUACUUACUCCUCACGCAGCGAUACAAAUAUUACUUUCUGCAAAGUUUUGACAUGAUUCAAAAAAUAAUUGAAAUGUAUUUUUUUGAACCAGCGGGACAUAAAAGCAUUUUAAAAAAAUACUGUUAGAAAGGCGAAACCAUGAAAUUUAAAAUGGUAUUGCAUUUUUAUUAUCAUCCUUAAUGAUUAUGAAUCUUAUUAUUAUCAGUAUUCGUGACAAGCGUUUAUAAUCAUAAUCAUUGAUAAUGUAACCGGAAAUGAAUGGACAGACUGAUAUAUUAAUUAAUAUACUUGUAAAGUCACUUGAGUAAUAAAACACGUGAAUUACUGAAGUAUUCGACACGGUAAAACAGUAGUUUAUUUCGCUGUAAAACAAAAAACCUCUGCAACAUCUAUACAUGUAAUAAUAUUACACAUUAAAUCAAAUAAAUUAAAUAUUUAGGCACAUGUACUUGACACUAAUUAAUUAAUAAUAUCAAUCGAAAAAGGACUCUGCACUUGCAUUUUGGUUAUUUUUUUUUGUGUGGUUUUCUUACUCAAGUGACGUUGUAAAAUGAUACAUCACACAUCAUCACAAAAAUCAUUAUUAUUUUUUUAUUGAAACCUCCAGUUAAGUAUAAAAAAAGAAAUUAGAGAUUUAGAAGUAUAAUUCUUAGAGGUACGUGUUUGGCAAGAAAGUGAACAGAUGGCGCCAUUUUUAUUUUUAGUCUGUGUAUAUUUAGUUAAGGUAUGUUGUAUCUGUUAGAAAUUUAGGAGGUUAAGGUUAUUAUAUUUCUGAUGUUUUACUUAAAUUAUUGUUUUGGAAAUAAACGUUUUUAAAUUUUAAAUUCAGAUUAUGAAAUAUGUAGUUGGGUUAUGUGUGACUACUAAAUUGUUAUUCGGUUUAAAGUUUUGAAUCAUUUUUGAAACUUUGAAUGGUUCAUCUUGAUGUGUCUUUAUAUUUUUUUUGGUACCAUGCCAUAAACAUAGUUUUUGGUAGAUGUCGUAUUUUUUUUUUUUACAAAUCUUAAUUGUGUUUUUACAAUCUUGAUUGUCAAAAUUUUUGUUGGAUAUUAUAUUUUGGUCUGAUUGAUCCAAGGCCACGCAUUUUACAGUCAACGCCUAAUUAAAUGUAUGAUACUGACAGACAUAUUUAUUUUCAAAGUGCGUUUCCAUCAAAUAUGUUCAAUACAAUGCAAAUAGUUUUGAAAACACGUCUGAUGUCAAAUAAAAUAUAUUUAGUUGAUAUAUGAACAAUUAACAUGUUUGUUUGAAAGCAUACAAAGUCAAACGGCUAGUUCACUGAUAGAAGUUUUUAAAUUGUUGAUAUAUUUCUAUGUAUACUUAUUUAGUUUUAUUUAUUUUACUUUCCUACAAAAGAAUACCAUAUCAUUCUAUCCCUUUUACCCUUUCUGUCUUCCAUUAGUCAAUUCCUUCCAAAAUGUACAAAAAUGUCAAUUGAUACUUCCUUAUCCAUAUCUCCUGUGAGUUUUAUUCAAAAUAUAUUAUAUUUUAUGAAACUUCGAUUGUUUAAGUAAAAAAAAAAAGUUUCACUGCUUAUGUUAUUGUAAGAUAAUUUCUCAUGUUUAGUUUUAUAUAAUUUUAACCGCUUUAAUGAUAUUACGUUAGUUUCAUAGACAUUUAUUCUAGAAAAAGCAACAGUUUCACUUAUAGUCUGACCAGAGAAAUGAACAACUUUCUCAUGUUGCGGGGAAAAUGGGAACUAAUUUCUUCUUAUUCUUUAUUAUGAUUUUGCCAAGACAGCACAAUUUACUUUGAAAUUUCGCGUAGAUUGGGGAAAACACAAUGAAUAAAUUUAACUGGUCAACCGGUUAAAUUUAUUUUACAGUUCAACUUAUGGUACUUUGUUAGUCACAAACUUCUUCCAUACAAAUCUAUACUAAUGAAAUAUAAAUAAGCACAGAUAUGGCUAAAAUACUCAUGGUUUCCCUAAUCCAGAUUUUUAUAUAUUUCUGGUCAGGCUAUAAUAAAAAAUUUAACAAUUUUUAAAAUUUGUGUGACACGGAACUGUUGAUAAAGCUGUGAACUUUAAUUAAAAAGCACAUACAAGGCUGUAAUGAAGCCUUCAAAACAGCCUUUAAACCCUGCAACAGUGUAUGUAUAAAUCGUAAUGAUCCUAGCGCAUCUUUUUCUGUCAUUUAAAAAAAAUACCCCUACUUAAAUAAUUUAAUACCCCUACUACUCGACUUGUAAGGUUUUAUUUGUUUAUUUUCGUAUGGUUAUUAAUGAAACUCUAGUUUCUAUUUUUUUUUGUAACGUCUUGUUUUGUCUUAUUCUUGGGUAACGUAUAUUUUUGAUUAAAACAAGAUAAUUAAGUAAUCUAAUAAGCCUAUUUAGGUGAAUUCUUUAAUUUUAUUAUAAAUUCAUUCUGAAGAACUUAAAACAACUAUGUAACUUUCUUUAAAAUGGCACAAUUAUCCGCCCACUUUAAUAUACACGCGUCAUAUUAAAGUGGGCGGAUAAUUGUGCCUCUGAGUAUAUAUCACAAAAACUAUAUUUUCUCCUAAAGUGACCCUGACUAACAGAAAAUGAUUGAACAUUUAAAGACUGAUUUAUUAUUUCAACCACCGAGUUGUGAAAAAUACCAAAUUACUUUUUCCAAAACCAAAUUGUUUAGUUUAGAAAACUUUUGCGCUAUCCGCGGUAGCUAUUUGGGGCAACUAUUUAUAUAUUAAUUUCGCAUUUAUGAACGCGAAAUAAUUUUUCACAAGACGUGAAUUAUUCUGAUUCUGAUCUUUUUGCUCUGAAGAAAAAAAAGAGACGAUAUUUUAUAAUUGAAUCUGAAAAAAAUGUUUAUAACAUGAUCGGAUUUUCAUAAAGUAAACAAAUAAAUAUUUUAGUGGAAUUAUGAUUCCAGUGGUAAACAAAUCUACAUAAAGUGUCAGCAACAAAAUUCUAUAUUUUUGCUCUGCAUGAAAAGAAGAGAGGAAUAUUAAAAUUAAUUUUAAGAUAUUAGUUUAAAACACGAUCGGAAUUAAACUAUGUAAAGAAAUAAAUAUAUUGGAAGGACUUAAUAUAAAUCAAGUCCAAGUUCAAGUGGCAAGUUCGUUCAUGACACUCCCAUGAUAUGCGGGCGACGAGGGGAAAGACUGCGCGGUCGUGAAAUCAUGCGUGCGGGAAAGUGAGGUGCGUAAACUCACCAGUCGUGGGUUUUUCGUUCAUGGCUACACGCCCCUCGGCCCGCUCCCGCAUCGACAGUGUUACGAACGAAGUUUCCAAGCUAUAGACUUGCUGGUCAUGUGCGCUAGUUUCGUUGUACAGUGAUGACUAAAUUGACAAGUCCAGGUUAAUGCUAUCUUCGUCCACUUUCAUAUUGGUACUGAAUCCGGCAUAAGAAAUAUAUACCCUCAUCUGUUAUUUAAUUGGGAUAAAAAAUAAAUGAUAGAAAAUAUUCGCAUUGACACAUUGCCUAGUAAAAUUGCAACCGAAAGUAUUAAAUGAUUUUUUUUUUUAAUUUAAUCUACAAAAUACAUAUCUAAAUUAAGCCUAACCAUGAUGCAACACAAACCACAGAACCACAGUUGGUUUUACUGUGCACUGGUAUUUUUAAUACUUAUACAAUAUUUAAAAAAUAACAAACAAAAGGGGGAAAACAUUUGACUGUUUUUACACUGCAACUGUGGGGUUGCCAGAUAUAAACAGUUAUUUAGUCGUGUAAUAUGUCAAACGAAAGCUUAUUUUAUGCUUAAUUUAACUGUAUUAUGUAUUCUUGCCUUUGAUCAGGUUCAUGGUUUUCUAGAUUUUCAAUGAAAAACAUUUAACACACAUCCAAUUUGCAAUGUGUCACCGUGAACAUUAUCUAUUAUUACUUCAUAGUGUUAAUGAAUAACAGAUGAGGUUAUAGCUUCCAAAAGCCGGAUCUUAGACUAUAUUAGUGACAAGGACACAUUCAGACCUGUCAGUUUAGUUUGUAACAGAACUAGCACUAAGUCACAAUGUAACUGUAUUUACAACUAAAUAUAACAUAAAUAGGCCGAUUUAAUCUAUGAAUAUGAUUGGUUAACCAUCGGUGUGCCUACCAAUAUCGUCUUACUGAUCAUGCAAAUAGCGUAUUAUGCUAAAAUGAGUCGAUUUAGCAUAAAAUCGGCCAUAUUAUAUAAAAGUCGUGAUCGUAAAACAAUAUAGCAAUUGUCUACGUACUUACUUAGGGUUGCCAAAUGGCAUGUACUUUUAGAGUUACCCCGUUAUUGGGAAAUUAUAUAACUUGGGUUUUUGUAAAACCCAAUGAAUUGGCAACCCUACCAACUUCACAACGUCCAUUAUUUUACGAAAUGAGCAUUUGUCUUUCGAGAAUUAUUUUUUAAUUGUUUUCAUUGUUUUUAUUGCUUUAUUUGUUAGUUUUUUGUUUUUAUGAUGUCAUGGUUUUGCAAUAUUUUUGUCUUGGUUUUUUUUACAUAUUUUUUUUUUUUGUAAGAAUGCAGUGUAAUUGAUUGAUGAUUUCGGGUAUAUUUAAGCUUAUUAGUCCUUUUUCUUUUUUAAAUUAUUUUUUAUCCUGUAUGUUCAAUAAAAUUGGGGGCUCCAGCAUCGAAUUUUAUUUUUUUAAUGACUGAAUUGAAGCUAUUCAAUUCUUAUUAGUAACUUUCCAAAUAAAAGGUUAGUUAUGACCACUACUCACUAUUUAAAAUUCGAUGCUAGAGAUUCCUUAUGAAGUUAUUCAAUUUCUGGAAUUCCGUUUGGCUUCAGAUGUUGUAGUAAGGUGACAAAACAAACGCCUCUUUGUGUGUACACUAAAGGAUCGUCAGCAAAACAGUCGCACAUUGUUAAAUAAUUUAAACUGAUACGAAUGGUGACGUGGCACAUUGAAUUUACUAAAAAAACCGUUGCUUGACAGAUGAUAAUUUAUAAAUUUGUUUUUCUGACGCACCUUCAGUUUCACACACAAACACGUCUGACCGUCUAUCUGUAUAACUUUCCAGGAUUACCUAAAAAGUCAAACCCUUAAGCGGGCUACAUACCUUCAGUUUUAACUGUUUAGUUAAUAGUCCAGGAUCCGGGGAGCAUGUUUAAAAUUUAUUACUAUCAUUAUUAAUACUAUUAAGGAACUUCCCUUCCUCCCUAAAUCAUAAAAAAGCUGUUUUUUACUGUUGCUUAAUUAAUAGUUUUCCAACCUAAUAGACACAUUGUCCUGCAAAUUGCGUGGUACGCUGUCUCGUUCCUACGCUUAGAAAUUUUUAGCACCCAGUAACUCUGUUAGCUACCAGAAUCAAUAUUUUCGGUACAUAUAAAAGUUGAGCUAUACAUGGAAAAUUAACUUGAUAUUAAUCAAUUGAAAAAAUGCUUCCCGAAUCCUGGGUCGUCCGUGUGUAAGUAAAACUCAAAACUGCACAGUUAAAAAUGCAAGUUAUAUGAAUCUAUAUCACUAUAUUCUUCAAUACUAGGCCUCGACACUAGUUAUAUCUUGAAUUGCCUCUUGAAAAUGUAUUUGUAUAUAUAUUUUGUGAUGGUGUCUUCCUCAGAGUAAGCGUACAUUGUUGUGUUUCUUUUUUAUUAUAUUUAUUUUGUCUGAGGCUACGUUUCUAAACAUAUACCUAUAUCUAAAACUAGCUGACGCCGCGCGCUUUCACCCGCGUGGUUCUCGUUCCCGUAAAAGGACGGGGAUAAUAUAUAGCCUAUAGCCUUCCUUGAUAAAUGUGCUAUCUAACACUGAAAGAAUUUUGCAAAUCCGACCAGUAUUUCCUGAUAUUAGCGCGUUCAAUCAAACAAACAAACAAACUCUUUAGCUUUAUAUAUUAGUAUAGAUGUGUUGACUUGCUAUCUGGCAAGUUCGUUCAUAACACUCCCAUGAUAUGCCGGCGACAGGGGGAAAGACCACGCGGGUGAGAAAUUGUGCGUGUGGGGAAGUGACGAGCAUCAGUCGUGGGUCUUUCAUUCAUCGCUACACGCCCCACGGCCCGGGCGGAACAUCGGUAGUGUUACGAACGAAGUUGCCAAGCCUCAAGAAUGCCUCAAGACAUUCUGAUGAUACCAAGUCGUGAUGUCACAAUAUUUUAUAUUUAUUUUUCCUGACCUUGCCAGUCCGCCUUGGUGCAGGCAGGGUGGUGAGUCCACAGGAGAAGGGAGGCCAAUUAAAUUGGUUUUAAACUCGUAUGUGUUAUGACUCGACGACUCAAUUGAUAACGCGCUCACAACUUUAUCUGAUCUAUGAAUUAACGCAAGAUAUCAUUAUCUUUUCAGUCUGUCUUUACGUCUCUUCUAACGUAUAUAAUUUUAUUUUAACAGUCUAUAAGUAAAGUUUAAUGAAUAAUAUAAUGAAACCCACUGCUUUACUCUGAGGGUAUACCAUACAUUUAUUUGUAUGAAAUUUUAGGCUAGAUUUUGGCAUAUCAUGUUACUUUUAGGAAUGUAAGUGCAAUAUUGGGUAUGGAUGGGAUUGUCUUGCCGGAAAUGUGAUGGUUUUUUUACCAUAGAUUAUAUUAUACCUACUUAAUUUUUUUUAUAGCUAGAUAAUGUUAUGAAAUCGUUUAGAUUCAGCCCAAAGCAUUAACUAUGCUCAGAGGCACAAUUAUUCGCCCACUUUAAUAUAGUCGCGUCAUAUUAAAGUGGACGGAUAAUUGUGCCUCUGUGUAUAUAAAUUACUUGUGACGUGCUAUAUUUUUUUAGUAUGCUAAUUAUAUUUUUAUUUUGUAAUUUAAUUGCGUUUUGUUUUGUAUAGGAUAUUUUAUCUGAAACUCAAAAAUCGUAUUUGUUUUCUAAUUUUGACUAAAAUAUAGCACGUCAUGAGAAUCUGUCUAGUAUAUAAGUAUGUACUUAUUUUAGAUAUAACUCUCCAGUUAAAACACUAAGCGUUAGAUUUUAUAAACCUACCCUCCCUAAAGAUGAGAAAACAUAUUUAACUAUCUGACCUAUAUUUUAAAUCCAUAUUAUAAUUAUAUUAUAGUAUUUUAUACCAUAAAUAGAUUUCAUAAUAAACGUAGUGUACGAUAAUAUAUGAUAUACUACAUUGGUAGAAAGCACAAAACACUCUGUUUCUAUUGUGUCUUUUACAUAAUAUAAAACGAGAGCUUGCGAACGUCAGACUUACCUCAUUUUAUGAAGACUGUAAGUUUGUCAGUGCGCAUGCUCCUACCAUAGAUAAGUACGGUAGCCAAUUAUAUAGUUUGGAUCGUGGUAGCUUUAGAAUGUAAAGCGCGAGUCUAAGCGACUGGCCAAUAGGGAAUGUUUUCUCAUAUUAUGCUCAAGAAAAUAUUUAGAAAAAAAUACCGAUCAACUUGAAAAAAAGUAGGAGGCUCCUUUUUGAAGUCGGUUAAAAUACGUGUGCAUUUCGGGACGCACGACAGAAGUGAUGAACUUUAACCUGCUGUAAGCGUGAAAGAAAGGGAAGCCAGACAGAGUGGUGUGUAACGCGUUACGUUACGAAUCGGUUUACUCUCCCGAACACGGAAAUACCCGCAAGUUAUUACUUCAAAAAUACGGUUUAUACUCGGACGGUUGAGGAAACCUAAAACUUUUUACCUUCCAAAGCCACCACGGUUCAAUCUCCAUAAUUGGCUACUGCACUUAUCCAUUGUAGGAGCAUAGUGUAACUAAACUAAGAGCUAAUUCUACUACUAACUAAAGUAAUUCAUUCAAGAUGUGGUAUGUCUGGCCGUCGCAGUCUUAGUCCAAUAUGUAUAUGUGUUGUAUACGUUAGUUCACGUAUUGUACAUCGUAAUGUAAACUAUUUUACGCAGUGUCUUUUGUAUUUGUGUAAAAAACGCUUCUGACCGAGGCUGGCGAAAGGUGGUCUUGCUUUGUGCUUGAUGAUGUCACUUGUCUAUUGGCAAGUGCGAAACUCGUUGAUGUAUUUGAAGGGCAUGAAUACCAUAAUCAUCUGAAAUGUGCGAUACAAACUCCGGUUUCUCGUAUAUCUAGAAUCUAGAUACAGCAGAACAAUGAACACUCGGCGGAAAUCGGCUUCUAUGAACUCUUCGCCACUGAUAUUUACUUAAUUUAACAAAUUAACACUAAAUUUAGACAUUGCGUUUUACUUUUUUAUUGUUGUAAAGUAUAUUAGGUCAAAAGGGCUGGAACCCAAAACCGAUAAGUUGGUUAUUGAAAAAAAAAAAAAAAUUUUUUUCAGUUUUUUGUCAGCCAAAGCGUAACUAUUCAUUCCUAGCUAGAGAGCGAUUAGUAAGGUUGUGAUUUCAACGAAAAGGGUUCGAUUGGAGGAUGAAAUGAAUAUAAAUAUUUAUUUAUUAUUAAAAGAGUUUAUUAACACUGAAAAUCUGAGGGCAAAGUGAGACUGUCUUUCUAGACAAGGCUUGUAAUCAACACCUAUGAUAUUGUAAGGACUGUGUCAUUACAAUUAUAACAUUCCAUUGCUUGUGAA